AUGGAUAAAUAAUAAAUAUAAAAAUGCCUCUUUUGCCAAUAGAAGACAAGUCUUUGCAAUUUAAUUACUAUGGUACUUCAAAUAUCAAUUUUAGGCACUUUAAUAUAAAUAUGAACACAAAAUAGAAAUAACAAUUGAUGAUUUUGUUGACAGCAGUAAAAAGAAAGAAAUUGUAUAAUUUUAUGAGAAAAUCUUUGAUCAUGAGGAGGAAUAUUUAGAAAAGCAGUUUUAAAGAGUAGAAUAAAUAAGAAGACUAAAAACUCUUACUGAAUAUUAUAAAUAUGAAAUUCAUACUCCAAGAUUAUAUAUGAGAAAAUUGGAAAAAACAAUUAGAGAUUAUUAAAAGCAUAAAAAGUAUAAUAUGAACAUCAUAUUUUAGAAACUUUCACUAUAAUAAAAUUAAAUAAAAAUUAGGGUUGAAUCAAAAGGAUUAGCAAACAUUAAGAGUAAAAACAGAACCAGAGAAAAAUAAUAAUAUUGUAAAUAAUUUAGUAUUGUUUGAUUUAACAUAAGAAGAACCAUCAAAAUCAGUUAUUGAGUUAUUAAAUCUAAUUAAUAAUUAAAGUAAAAAGAAAGUUUAAUUUGCAAAUCAAAUUAAAUAAACAGCAUGUGUGACUCCUUCAAUUUAAAAUUCAGCAAGAAAUAAAAUACUCUAAAAAUAAUUAAAAGCAAUAUUAUAAACAGAUGUAAUACCAAAAUACUAGAAUGCUCCUAUUAGUAAAAGAUCAGUAGUAUCAUUAAAAACUUCAACUUUAAAAUCAAACACAUUUCAUUCAGCUAAAUCACCCAUGAUAUAAGUAAAUAGAAUUGCUAUUAAAAUGAAAUCUUCCCCUCUAAUUUAAUUACCAAAAAGCAAUAGUUAAAGUAAAAUAUAAGUUAGUCCAAAAUUAAAGAAUCUAAAGCUUUUGCUCUAACAUAAAUCAUGA